GGCAAAGGUGGCAAGGGUCUCGGCAAGGGUGGCGCCAAGCGUCACCGCAAGAUUCUUCGUGACAACAUCCAGGGUAUCACUAAGCCCGCUAUCCGUCGUCUCGCUCGUCGUGGUGGUGUCAAGCGUAUUUCAGCCAUGAUCUACGAAGAGACCCGUGGUGUCCUCAAGACCUUCCUCGAGAGCGUUAUCCGUGACGCCGUCACCUACACUGAGCACGCCAAGCGCAAGACUGUCACCUCCCUCGACGUUGUCUACGCUCUCAAGCGCCAGGGCCGUACCCUCUACGGUUUCGGUGGUUAA